CGGUGCUGACCGGAUGUUGCCAAUGUAGCAUUUGAUCGCCUGUGCAGUCAGUGAAUUGAGGCCAGUCAAAUGUGUCUGGAAAAGAUGUCGUUGGAAACCUUGGCUGGGAAGUAGUUGCGUCCAUACUGCGUAUAUUCCCUGUUGAUACCGAGAGAAGCCCCGGCCUCGGUGUUCUCGCUGUGUCUUACCAACUUGUGAGCCAUGAUGGAGCGAAGAAGAGCCUUAUCUAUUCCAUUUAAUGUUGACAAGGAUAACCGGAUGGAAAACCCGCUCCAAAUCUCCGUGCCGUGUCUUUCAUCACAGUGUGGAAAGUUAGAAAGACAGGUUUCCUGGACUGCAUUUGCAGAUUGCAAACGCAGACAUCGUAGUUCACAGCAUGUCAAUGGAUCCACGCUGGUUGAUCUCAACCAUGCAACCUUGGAAAUGGCCAGGCGGAAGCCCUGCCUGGUCCUCACCGACGUGCUGGAGACGGAGCUGGGGAAGGCGUACAUCGAACGGAUGAAACGGAGUCGCGCUUCUGAGAACGGGUCCUCGAGUCCACGGAGGGAGAGCGCUCGACCCAGAGAGGAACCCACGAACUGCAGAGACACCAGGUCCAGACAGAAGGAGGCCAGGAAGGAGGAGGUCAAGAGCGUAACCCCGAAAUGCAACCAGAAGACGACCUCGUCGCCCGCUCACCGGUCGAGACUCAGGAGAAGUUCUCAAAAUGUUGCCGCUGAAGUAGACAUAGAGGAAAGCAAAGACAUUGAAGAGGUGAUAAUAGGAAAGGACAACGGAGACAACUUCAAAGUCGCUGAAGUUGUAGAUUAUGGGUUGUCGGUGAGCUGGGAGCCGGCCACGGAUACAGGAAGUUGCGAUGAGUUCCCCCCCGCCGGCAUCAAGGACCGCUUGAGUGACCCGGAGGGAGAAGAAGAAGAACAUCGCAGUCUGAAGAGGAAGCUGAAGGACUCGGGGUACCAGAGCAAUGGGGCCGGCAGCCCCAAGCGCCGCCGCGAGAGCGUGCUCCGCCUCACGGGAGAAGACGGAAAAGAUGGAGGACGGGCACCGACGCAGAAACGUCCGGUAGAAGUCGAACAAGACCCGGACCGUACCAUCGUACAGUUCAUGGUGGGAGAGGACGAGCAAACGGACUCUGACGGAACCCCCGGGAGAAGUCCGUCGUCUAACCCGGACAACACGACUAUCACCAGCCCGUCUGAACCCAUUGUGCUCUCCAGUGAUGAUGAAGAGGGUGGUGACCCAGCAUCCUUUGCACUUGUCCCUGUGGAAGAGCCAGUAAUACAGACGCGCUCCCUGCAGGAAGCCGUGGCCAAACCGCGGGAAGCUUCUCAUAUAGACGACAUCCAGGUGUUGCGUGUGGUUGUGGAUCUUCCUGGUCCAAUGGAGAUGUCUUCCAUCCCCAGUAUCGACUACUCCUUCUCCACGCUGCACUGCGGCCGUCACCGCGGGAGAGCCAAUGGAGACAUCAUGAUCGCAGACCAACAAAUCAUCAUCCCACUGACAGACGCUGACGAAGAGGUGGAGGUGGUCUUGGUCUUGGAUCGUAAAGACCUGAGGAGGUACAGUGUGUGGGAGCAGCAGGAGCUGGAGGACCGGGAUCUUCACUUUGAGGACGACGAGGAUCCUUACCCUGUUGCCAUCCUUCUGUUUUGUGUGUCAGAAAGUGCCGCAGCUGCUGUGCAGCGAGAAAUGCUGAAGCUGAGUAUCAAACAGGGAGGAAAUGCGAGUUCUGACAAGGGGAGCCCCUUCAUUCUGCUGACGCUGAGACAUCCCGUGGAGGGAAUGGAGGGGGCUUUGUUACGCUCCCUCCUGGACAUCGACUGUCUCAACAGUCUCAGCCGGGAGAAGUUCUUCCUCGAUGGCGACAGAGUUAGUUGUUUGGAGGACUUUCACUCGCCGAUUCUUUCUCUGGACGACAGCGUGGAGCUGAUCAGAAGAACGGGACUGGACUCUCAUUUGUUGUCUCUGCUCGGCCUGGAGACCGGCGACUCUAAUGCCGACUCGGACCGGGAUGGUUCGCAUUGCGAUACGGACGAUAACGCCACACCUGGCAUCCAGCCGGAGGUCGAGUCGCAGAAGGAGAGCGAGCCGGAGCCGGAGCGAGACGCCGGGACGCGACUCAAACCAGAGGAGGGUCAGAAAGAGAAGGAGCUCCAGCAUCAGCCUCAGGUAGAAAAGGUGGAGCCCGCUCCCGUCUACACGCUGUGCCAUCGUAGGAGCAAAGGCUCCUACUCCGUGUCCCUGUGUAAACCUCACACCAGCAUGACGAAGUUUAAACACCACGGUCUGGCUCGCAGGUUGAUCCAGUUCCCCCCGCCUCCCUUGAAAGGAGGAAUCACCGUGACGAUGGAGGACCUGCGUUGCCUCGACACCGGGCACUUCCUAAACGACGUCAUCAUUGACUUUUACCUCAAGUACCUGCACCUGAACGCCUCCGCCGCCGUGGCCGAGCGCACGCACAUCUUCAGCAGCUUCUUCUACAAGCAGCUGACGCGCAGGGACAACGCCAGCGAAGGCGGAGCCAGUGACUCGCGCGUAGCGCCGCCAGAAAGCGGUCAGAGGCAGAGGCGACACCACCGGGUAAAGACAUGGACGCGCCAUGUUGACAUCUUUAAAAAGGACUUCCUGUUUGUCCCUGUCAAUCAAGAGGCUCAUUGGUAUUUAGUCGUCAUCUGCUUUCCUGGAUUGGACGAGCCGACGUCCGAGACCUGGAGCGGUCCGGACGGCAAGCUGCUGGACCCAGAGGCGGCUUGGGGGUCUGAAAGCCCGAAAGACGCCACAGAGACACCGCCGCCGCCAGUCCACGGCGACUGCGUGAACAUGGAGACCGAAAAGCCUCAAGAAGACCCGACUAAAGAGCCGAUGCCUGGUCCAGUGAACUGCACGGAGCAGACCUUCCAGAAGAGGACCGUGAGCAAGAGGCCGUGUAUUCUCAUCAUGGACUCCCUCAAACUUUCUCUCCACGAGCGAGUCUUCAAACUCUUACGGGAGUACUUGCAGUCGGAGUGGGAGGUGCGUCGCGGUUCAUCGAGGGACUUUGGUCUCGAUCAGAUGCAAAGCUCCCACUGCAAAGUUCCCCUACAGGACAACAGCAGCGACUGCGGCCUCUACCUGCUGCAAUACGUCGAGAGCUUUUUGAAGGACCCCGUGGUGCACUUUGACCUCCCUCUACACCUACAACGAUGGUUUCCGCGGCAGCAGGUGCGGAGGAAACGAGACCAGGUCCGAGAUCUGGUACUUAACCUCAACCGAGAUCAAAACCGCGGCACGGACGGAUAAGACGGACGAAGCGGCUCUGCCGAUUAGCGCGUCCCGUAUUCCCGUAGCCGGCGGGACAUUUCAGAGUGAACUAAAAGGAUUUCCUCGACAUUAGAUGCUGUUAUUGUACCGUACAUUCACCUCUCGCUAUCUUCGUCCCACGAAGGCAUCAGUUGACGUAAGACAAACAAGUAGAGACCGUCGAUACCCGCGUCCAUGACUUUUUACUGAUUGUUUUUAUGUCGCGAGAGCUUUUUUCUUUUCUUUUAUAAAAGCAA